UGAAGUGGACCGACCGAAGCUACUGUAUCCACUUCCGAUAUUCAGCCCACCGCGUUAGCUAUAACUUGCGUUUCUCCGGUUCCUUUCUAGAACAGUGCCGCGCAUUAGUCAACGGGUCUGUUUUAAUUUCCUCUGCCGAGCCAAAACGGCCCAAACCGUGCGCGGCCCGACCCGACGCGCAGGCGAGUGUGGUCUGAUGGCGUGUUGGGGGGCUCGUUCUGCGUGAUUGGUGAUCUCUCCGGGUCUGGCGAUGCGACGCUGCCUGUGGGCGGCGCUGAGGAUGGUGCCCUGCGAGGGUCCUGCUGCCGCGAAGCCGAUCGGCACGCUGCGGGUCCGGGAAAGCGGAGGAGCAGCGGGCGUGUUCGGUGGGCUGCCAGCUGUUGCCGUUAAUUCCUUCUCGAGAGGUUUUGGAGGAUUGGGAAUGCCGGAAAUUAGCACAGAUAACCUGGACGAGAAGCAGGUACAGCUUCUGUCCGAGAUGUGCAUCCUUAUUGAUGAAAACGACCGGAAGAUUGGAGCGGAUACCAAGAAAAACUGCCACCUCAACUCUAAUAUUGAUAAAGGUCUUCUUCACAGAGCAUUCAGUGUGUUCCUGUUCAACAGUGAGGAAAAGCUUCUGCUGCAGCAAAGAUCUGAUGCAAAGAUCACUUUUCCAGGCUGUUUCACAAACACGUGCUGCAGUCACCCUCUUCAUACGCCUCGGGAACUGGAAGAGCAAGAUGCUAUUGGAGUCAGGCAGGCAGCACAGCGGAGGCUACAAGCUGAACUAGGAAUCCCCAUUGAGCAGGUACCACCUGAAGAAAUGACCUAUCUGACCAGGAUCCAUUACAAGGCCCAGUCUGACGGAAUCUGGGGAGAGCAUGAGAUCGACUAUAUUUUGUUUAUGCAGAAGGAUGUGGACCUCAGCCCUGAUCCCAAUGAAAUCAAAAGUCACUGCUAUGUAACUAAGGAGGAGUUGAGAGAUAUGCUGAAGAAGGCAAAGAACAGCAAGCUGAAGAUCACCCCCUGGUUCAGUCUUAUUGCAGAGACAUUUCUGUUUGAGUGGUGGGACAACUUACACAAAUUAAAGCAGUUCAUGGAUCAUGACAAAAUUCAUAGGUUGUAAAAUGAAAGAGCACCAGUGUUUCUAAUUGUACAGAACCUGCCUUUGCACAUAUGACUUUUUGUAGAAGUAGAGCACAGAAAAUAAAAGUUCUAGAAAAAUGCA